AUGUCUUCUCCUGUUGCACAUCGGGAGGAGAAGGAGGGUGAGUCUGCCAACGAUGAUGUGCUCACAGAAGCAAACAAUCUCCCAGCAGACGGUAUUGAAGCAACUAUGCAAGAUCAGGGGGCCCUUGAGCAAGAGGAUACGACUGUACAAGGAUUUAACCUAGAAGAAGAGCAGGAGAAUGUCGAUCAGGAUGGUCAAGAAGAACAAGACAUCAUGGACCAUGUAGACAGGGUGGACAAAAAGCGCAUUGAUUGGAGACAACGGCUGAUUUCCGUGCAGAAUUCCUGGCAAUGGCUGAGGGAACGGAGCAGGAGAUUACGAAAAAAGAUACGAUAUCAUGCUUUCUUCCUUCUCGUCUCCAUCGCAAGCUCGAUCUCUCUGCUUCUUCGCCUCACCAUGACGACAUCAUCAAUCUACUGGUUGAAUCCUUUCUUCCUGUCGGACGUCGUCGCUGCUGUACUAUUCACACUAGAUGUUCUCAUCGGUGUGAUUGCAUAUGGCUUCUGUUCACAUCCGGAGUCUUACUUCCGCAUGAACCUCUACAACAAGAUCGAUACACUCGUUGCAAUCCUCAUAUGGCCAGAGAUUGUACUCAGGAUCUUUGGCUUCCGCUUGUCUUUCCGUACUCUCAAGAUAUUCCGCAUCUUCUUCAUCAUCUCCAGAACCCGCGCGCUCCAUCGCGUGCAGAGCAUCGUCUCCUCCCUCGCGCAGGCCACGGCAUCUCUGGCAGCCACCACCUUGCUCCUUGUCGUCGGGCUGCUCGGAUUUGCUGUGAUGGGUGUGGAGUUGUACAUGGGUUCGGUGAACAGGUUCUGCUACUGGAUGGACACCCAAGACUUGGUGGUCCCAGAGUGCAAGGGGUCGGCUGAGAGCUCCGGGCACAUCUCCUUCGAUGACGCGCUCCUGGGAUUCGUCACCGUGUUCCAGGUUGCGUCGAUGGACAGCGCCUAUGCGGUCAUCCAUACUUUCUUGCAGUCAGAGCCAGCCUUCAAGUUGUUGACUUGGUUGUUCUUUAUCGCAAUCAACGCUCUGUUCAGCAUCAUCGCGUUCAACAUGUUCACCGCGAUUAUCUCGAGCUACUUCCUCCUGGGCCUUGGAGGAGACAAGAAGGAUCAGGACGAGCAACCGAAGGGGAAGGGGAACGCAGUCUUCCCGCUCAACGGCGACAACCCGUUCCAGGCAGAGGCUGAACGCGUCAAGACUCAAUCCGUCAGGAUUCGACGCACCCGCAGCGGGAGGACCCAGUCUCGUCAGGCGUCCAGAGGCUCCAGGAGGAUGGAAGAGGAGCAGGACGACGGUCUCAGCCUGUCCGACGUCCUUGAGAGUGACAUCUGGAAGCUCUCGCUCGACUUCCUUAUCAUAGUCAACACCCUCACCUUCCUCAUCUGGAAUGACGUGCCCUCAACUAGGGUCCGAGCUGUCUUCGAGUACAUCCAGGACGUGACCUCCUCGCUCUUCCUCCUUGAGAUCGUCCUUCGCGUCUACAGCGCGGGGGCAGUCUGGCAGUUUGCCAAGGAUCCGACGAAUCUCUUUGACGCCCUAGUCACCGUCGUCUCGUCCGUUGGGCUCUUUCUCCAGCUAGCCUCCGCCUCCUCCGCCUCCGUGCAGACGUGGAAGUCGAUCUCAGUUAUUCGCCUCCUCCGUACUUUGAUGCAGCUCAGCCACACCAGGCAGAUCCUCAUCCUUGCAGCGAAGUCGAUCCCCGUUGUCUUCAACCUGAUCAUCGUCAUCGUGGUUGUUCUCAUGAUGUUCUCGAUCGCUGCGAUGGACCUGAUCGCAGGAGGAAAGAACGGGAGCAACGCCUACUUCGACAACUUCCCGACUUCAGUGCAGAACCUCGUGGAGAUAUUUGUGACUGACUCGUGGACGAGUAUCAUGUGGGGAAGCACCACCGACUCUUGUCUUGAGAGCACCGAGUGUAACUCCAAGUUCAACGACACGGUCGCGCUGGUCCUGCUGCUGCUCUUCUUCUUCCUCUCUCAGUUCGUCUUGUUGGCCCUGUUCAUCGCAGUGAUCCUUGACAACUUUGGAAGUGACAGCCUUGAUGUCAGCGAUAGUGACAAGACAGCCUUCGAGAACUUUCUGCAGUUUGCAAGGAUGAAGAUGAAAGCAGCAAGAGCAGCGCUAUGGAGGACAGCAAAGGCUUGCUUCAAGAAGAAGGACAAGACGAAGAUCAGGAUCGAAGCGAUGUCGGCAGAGGAUUUGCUGCUCAACGAGACGUACCUCAAACAGUACAACCUGUCAUGCCGGAUAGACACGUGCAAGGAUUACUUCGAGACCCAGAUCGCUGACGAUUCCUCGGCUCCGAGUUGGCAAGCCAACAAUGUUUAUGUCUUCAACUAUGAGGGAAACUCGAUGGUGGUACCUCUGCGCGUCAUCAUACUCAACAAACAUGUGAUCGAAAAUCAUGAGCUGGUGGGAGUUGGUUUCUAUGCUCUAGAUCUCGAAGCAUUGCGCAAAGAUGGUUUUGCUAUGGAGGAGGAGUCAAGCCUGGAAGUGAAGAUCGAUCUCUACGAGAACGAAGAGCAUGCUUGGAACAUCUUUACGGAGCAGAAUGCUGACGAUGACAGUGAAGAAGAAGUUGAAGCGUGCGGGUCAUUCAUCUUCAAUGUUUCUGUCUCCUCUCAACCUCGCCAGAUUGCAAAGGAGGCGGAGAUUGCAAGUGCUGAGGACAAGAACAAAACUGUCGAUGAUCAAGACAACCAACACGAGGAUCCUGUAGAUCAGGCAGAUUAUCCGCACCCGCCAGCAGAGCCUGUUGAGGACAAGGACCAAACUCCUGCUGCAAACCCUCAGAAGGAUGCUUUGCAGGAGAUGAGGCCGAAGACUGGUCUCCACAAGCUGAUGAUGAGGGUAGUCACCUCCAGAGCGAGUAAGUCCUUCAUCUACAUGCUCAUCUUCUUCGAUACUAUUCUGUUUUCCCUCCAUGCUCCUCCCGGCAUGAGCUCAAGCAUGUCCAAGGCCCUCUUCACUGUCCUCGACUUCAUGAUCGACUUCUUGUUCUGGCUCGAGUUCGCGCUCAAGGUGGCAGCGUUCGGGCUGUUCGGCCGACGUCUUUCCUUCUCGCAGGACUUGGAGGACGGGCAGGUGGUGGUGAAGGUGCACAAGACGCUGAUGAGAAGCGGGUCCAACAUCUUCGACCUCCUCGUCCUCGUCUCCUCCAUCGGAAGGAUCUUCAAGGUGUUUCAGCUCGACAAGGUGGUCGGCUCGGGCCCUAUGUUCCUCUUCACGCUGCUGAGGAGCCUCCGACCUGUCCGCCUUGUCCUGGGGAGCAAGUCGAUGAGGGAGAUCGUUUAUACCAUCGUGACAGGAGCAGCGGAGGUUGUGGAGGUCAUCAUCAUCCUCCUGGUCUUCUUCCUCAUCUUCUCGGUCGUCGGCAUGGGGAUCUUUGCCGACAAGUUCUUCCGCUGCUCGGAUUCCGAGAUCGCCCUCCUCCGUACCGUGGGGCCCUUUCUCAGUGAUAGGGCCAACUGUGUGGGUUCCUUCUCCUACUCGUCCUCCUCCUCUCCCUACCUCCUCCCGCGCUCUUGGUGGAACCCACAGCACAGCUUCGAUGGCAUGACGGAGAGUCUGACGACGCUAUUCCGCGUCAUCACACUCAAGUGGCUCAACCCGCUGACCGACGCCAUGGCGGCAACGGAGGUUGACAUGCAGCCUGAGCAGAACCACCAGAGUGCGAGGAUGCUGUUCUUCCUCGCCUUCAUCCUGUGCGGCACCUACUUCGGUCUCAACCUCUUCGUCGCCAUCAUCACCAACUGCUACUUCAAGGCGACGCUGGGGGGAGCAGGCUCUGAGGAGGAGAUCGAGUGGAUCGCCGUCAAACGCAUGAUCCUCGGCGCGAAGCCUGCUCGCGUCUGGCCGCCUCCUCGCAACUUCCUCUCCAGGUUCUUCCGUCGGGUUCUCCAGCACAGAUUCUGGAACCUGCUCAUGCUCUUCCUCACCUGCGUCAACUUCGGCCUCAUCUGCUUCCACAACCUCUCCUCCUCCUCCUCCUACCUGCAAGGGCUGGAGGCCUGGUCCGUUCUCUUUCUCGUCUCCAUCCUCGUCGAAGAUUUCCUCUCCCUCCUCGCCUUUGGGAUCCCAACUUGCCUUAACGACGCGCUGUUCUGGCUAGACGCCGUCGUCCUCACUGCCAUCCUCUUUUCUUCCGCCGCUUCUGGCAGCAUGAAAAUCUCCUUCGGGGUCCUCCGCCUCCUCCGCCUCCCCCGCCUCCUCAACUACAUGCAGGUCAAGAGCUCGUACGCUACAGCUGGGGCAGUGCUGGAGACCUAUUUUCUCUCUCGCGGGGAGUUCAUGAAGAUCAUUAUCCUCCUCUCGGUCCUCCUCUGGAUCUUUGCGUCCGUCAGCUCGCAGGUGUUUGGGGACAUCAAGUUCGGAGCAAGGAUCAGCCAGACCGCAAACUUCGCCUCCUUCCCAGCAGCGUACAUGACGCUCUUCCAGAUCCUCUUCGGCGACGAGUGGAACCUGAUGAUGGACGACUGCCGGGUCGCGUUCCCCUCCUGCACCAGCUGGAAGCUCGGGUACCGCCUUCCUUCCGGGGACACCUUCGACGACUGCGGCUCCUCCAUCUCCCCUGCCUUCUUCAUCCUCUUCAAGAUCGUCGUCGACUUCGUAGUGAUGAAGCUCUUCGUCGGCCUCAUCGUAGAGAACUUCUCCUUCUGCAGGAGCCAGGCGCAGGAGGAGGGCAUCCUGUCUAACGACUACAUCCGCACCUUCACUGUCGUCUGGCUCAGGUUUGACCCCUCCCGCCUCGGCUGUAUCAAGUUGCGAGAGCUGUACUCCUUCAUGCUCCAACUCCCUCCUCCUCUCGGCCUUGCCGGGAGUUCCAAAGGAUACAACCUGCAGUACCUACCUGUCAGGACGGAGCUUUCCCUGCUGUCCUCCCACAGGGUCAAGAUCUCUCAGCAUGCAGCUGAUAGCAGGACAGGCAUGCGGCUGCUCGGGCUGCAGGAUCGUCUGUUGACUGCCCGUGUGGCAUUGAGCGCGGGGAGGGUAGGGCUGAAGAAGGAUGAGAGGAUCUUUGAGCUGGUGGACGACUUUGAAGAUCCGGAGACGAAGGAGAGGAGGGCGAGCCGAGGAGACUUUGUGGUGGUCAGGACAGAGGACUUCUACAAGAGGAGCGAGAAGGCAGGAGAGAAAAUCGCUGUCCUCCGAAACGGCAAGAGGAUCCGCUUGCCAAGAGAGCUUCUCCGCUGGACCAGGAUGCCAGGGGAGGAGCUGUGGACCUCCACGGUGCAGGACGCGGGGAGGAGGAAGUUUUCAAGGAGGGAGAAGGAGGCGGCGGUGAAGAUUCAGCAGUGGUACAGAAAGGUCAUCGAGCACAGGAAGGAGACAGUGCUUCGGAACGUGCACCGAGCUCGAGCACGGGCAAGGCAGAUGCGCCAGAACAUGGAGGUAGUAGAAGCAGGAAGCAAGUUUGGCACAGCAGAUGAAGAGGAUGAUGAUGAUGAGGAGGAGGAGGAGGAGGAGGAGGAGGAGGAGGAGGAGAAGAAGGGGAGAGGGAGGAGGAAGGCCAGAGGAUCCGAGGAGAACACCAGGGAGGAAGCCGGAAGCACGUUUGUCGGGAGUGAACCUGGUUGGAAGUUUGCCCGGCGCCUGGAGAUCUUGAUGCUGAGAGCGAUGAUCUCUUUCCUCGUCCUCUUCCUGCGACCGGGGACUUCCUUCGAGCCCGAGGUCCCUCCUGACGCGAUCUACUUCGAGGAGAUCUGCAUGUCGCUGGUCUACUGGCACAACAAGGACAAGUGUCCUCUCAGCCAGAGGAAGAGGCGAGAGAAAAUCGACGACCAAGUCAAGUCCUUGCAGGCCUUCCACAUCAUCUCCGCGUGGUACCUGGGGUGGAAGAGGAGGAGGAUGCAGAAAGCAGCUGUUAGAGCCGACAGCUUGCUGGUUGACGACGCCCCUCCCUCGCCCGUGGAGGAGGAGGCGGCUCGCCCGCCGCUGACGGAGGAAGAGCUGCAGGCCGAGAUCGAUCGAAGAGUCUCGGAGGUGGUGGGGGAGCUGAAGACUGAGACGGAGAGUCUGAACAGGACGGCGAGGAUCAUGAAAACUGAGAACGACCUGCUGAACUGGACGAUACAGGAUCAGGAGCGGAAAAUCGAGGAGCUCAAGGCGCAGGUCGCUGCGAGGAACGAACAGCUCUGGAGGAUGAAGGAAAAGGAGAUGAAUCGCUCCAGCGAUAUACCCGAGCUGGCCCUCCCUGCUCAGCCCGAACUGCCUCCUCUCCCUGGCCUCGUGGUGAGCGAAGGGACAGGUCUGCAGCUCGGGAGCAGCGAAGGUCGAGGAGGGAAUGAGCAGGGAGCCCGGUCGAAGUUGUACAACGCGGCCAAGGCCACCCAGAGCAUGCAGAAGCUCGCGUCGUCCUCCCCUUGGAAGCGGGAGAAGAAAAUCCUGCAGGAGAUCGAGGAGCACAAGGAGGCCAUCCAGGCGCUCUCCAUCCAGGUCAAGCUCGCCAAGCACGAGCAGCAACAGACUGCUCCAGAGGUCCGAGCUCGAGUCGAGCUGAAGCCGAGGACGGAACAAGUUCACAAGGUGCAAGGGCUGGACCUGGCGGCAUCCCACAAGCAGCAAGAGCAUUCGGAGAAGAGGAAGCGAACUCAACGGGAGAGCCCGAUGUGGAACUAG